UCUCUAGCCAGAAAUAAAAAGUAUCCAAAUAUACGAAUAUUUUGUCGGAGUUAAACUUUUCAGGAUGAUUGAUUUAAUUACGUUUGCCGGCUUCUUUUGAUAAUACAGACCCCGAUACGAAGCGAAUGUACUUGCGGAAAUUAAUUGUUAUUUUAGUAUAGUGAAGCGCGUUUAAGCAAACGCCAGAAUCAAUUAUACAAAAUCACAUGUUGCUUUGAGCAGUUUUAGAUCCAUGAUCCCUUGUUUGGGAGCACGUUCUGUUACCCAUUCGGUCAAAUGGCCAACGCGUACAAAAAUGUUAUUUUUGGUCUAGUUAGAAGGUAGAUUUGGUGAUUUCAAUGGCAGAUCAGGAGCCGCCCAGGGCAAAUAUAGCAAGAUAUGUUGGAAAUGGAUACGACAAAUAAAGAUGAAGAUUCAAAUUGUAACUUCUCUACGCCAUCAUUUGCUAACAGCUCUGCAGUGUCUAGUAUUCUACAAAUGUGCCAAUCAAACUGUUCUGAUUAUGUUGGGGUUCUUCCUCCUCCUAUUGAUAUGGCAAGUGUGAACAGUGUCGAACUGAAUGCACAGACUUCGUUAAGUGAUGAUUCCGGAGUUCCCCUUACUACUAACAGUUCAAUAUCAAGUGGAGAUUCAUAUCGAAUGGGGUUAUGUAAACAUGAACUUGAGAUUGUUGAAAGUGACGGCGAAGUCUCUCAAUUUGAUUCCCUGGAUAAUUGUUCUGAAGCUGGCAUGAGUGCGGAAAACUUCAAUACAUUGAAAAAAGGGCCUUUGGCACCAAUCGAUCCUCCUCUAGAAUUUCAGGACUCACCAAAUAUCACAAUGGGCCGUUGUAUUAAGCAAAAACUAAGACGCUUAUCUUCUUCACACUCUUCUUUGGAAUAUUCUAAAGAAUCUGAAUAUAAUGAAAACAAUAUUCAUGGAGAAAAAACUUGUUGUAAAGAAGCUGACAUGGAAAUCACUACCCAGUAUUUAGGAAAACCACACAAAGAACUUUACCUCAUAAAGAAACCCAUAUACUCAAGUGAUUCUAUACUGACUAAUAAAACGGAGAAUGUGUACGAUGAACCAAAUAACGUGAUAUGCAAUUAUGCUCUUACCAAUACAGAAGUAUUUGAGCAACACACGAAUUCAAUUUCAUUAUCUUUGCCUCAAACAUCGCUUCCACCUGAAAGAGCUAAAAGGGAUUUAUGUCCAUAUUACGAAGACCACUCCAUGUAUUUUAAAGCAAUCCCAUCAGAACAAGAUAGUAUUAUGAGUACAGCUAAGUUCAAUACCUAUGGUCUUUCGGAAAUCCAUGAUUAUGAUUUGUACUAUGGAAUAAAGCGAAACGCGGUGCAAUGCGAAAACGGAUUACAGAAAAAGGUUUUAUAUAGUCCUCGAAAAGUAACAAACUAUUGUCACAGCCAUCACAUCUAUGCGGGUCCGAAUGGAGGUUCUAACCGGCCCAAUUCACGAAAUUCCUUAAACAGUCGUCUUUCUAGUUCUCACAAUUCAUUAAACACGUCAUCUGCUAAUAAACCAGACGAUUCAAUAUUCAUUACUCAGGCAAUGUCUCACGAUGCAUUACUCACCCGGGAAAUAUCUGAUUUUUAUAACGUGCCUAUUGAUUCAGAUAUAUAUGCUCUACCAAUAGAUAUGAUACAAACGGAUAAAAAUUGCAGACUUGAGUACAAAGAAGAUAAAAUUAAGGAUUAUAAGAAACUGAAUAAUUUACUUUUAACCGAUGAUGACUAUAGUAAGCACUCCAAGCUAAAUCGCAAAAAUAAUAGAAAUAAACGAAAAAAACGCAAUAGUGAAACUUACGAAAGCGAUGUGAAGUGUGAUAACUAUAAAUUUGCUACGAAUGCUCUCAAAUUGAAAAAUAAAAAGGCAGAUACUUUAAAUGAGAGUGAAGAUUAUGGUUUGCAUACAUCUGCUCAUACGCUUUUAAACUCAAGUGCACCACCUCAAGAACGACUCAAUAUGACUUUGAAUGAAGUAAAAAAGUAUUAUCAAACAAUAUACACUAGAACAAAAAAUCGAUCAAGUAUACAAAAUGAGUCAGAUAAAAUUGAUUGCGUGAAACCACCCAUUGAAUUGGGAGGGAAUGAUUCUUCUCCAUGUUCCCGUAUAAAUCAAUCCUCGAACGAAGAAAAUAAUUCUGCUGAAUGUAAAACAAAUAUCAGAACUUCAAAAAGUUAUAAUGAAAAUAAUGAUAAAAUCAAUAACAAUAACUUAAAUAAUAUUGUUCUCGCUAAUAAUUAUAGCAUUACGGAAAACCAAAUGAUUAAAGCCGAUGAUGUGGAUAUAUCGUCUCAAGUUGUACGAAAUGAGAAGAAAACACAAUUUUCACUAAAUUUAAAACAAAAAUUUUGCAAUAUAUUCCGUAUUCGCCGAACCCAACCACAAUCUCAGACCAAUACUCCUGAGGAACGAACUAUCAACAGAGAGCGCAGGAGCACUGUAGAGAAACAUAAAAAAGUGCAAUCUAGAGCAUUGCCUCCUUUACCAAAAAAGACUGAGUCAAUAAUGACGCAAAACAAAGGAAGCUCACAAAAAAAGCAAGAAGGAAGAACUUUGCAAUUCACUUCAAGUAUUGAAAAAGUCAAAGAUUAUGGAUGGUACUGGGGUCCAUUAUCUAGUGAAGCAGCGGAGAAAGUUCUAUCUACAGAGUCGGAUGGGAGCUUCAUUGUACGAGACAGCUCUGACGAUCAUUACAUAUUUUCUCUUAGUUUUAAGCUAAAUAACUGUGUUCGUCAUGUACGAAUUGAACAGGAUCAAGGAACUUUCUCAUUUGGCUCGUAUGCGAAAUUUAAAUCGCAAACUAUCACGGAAUUCAUCGAAAAAGCUGUGGAACAUUCACGAAGUGGAAGGUAUCUAUUUUUCCUUCAUAGACGACCUGAGCAUGGACCCAUGCGGGUGCAACUAACGAACCCAGUUUCAAGAUUCAAGCACGUCCAAAGUUUGCAACACAUGUGCAGAUUUGUGAUCUUAAAAACUGUUAUACGAAAAGACUUGAUACAAACGUUACCAUUACCGAGAAGGCUUUUAGAUUACCUUAAUUAUAAGCACUGUUUCUCUGAACAGAUUGAAUUUGAUAGUUCUCAAGCUCAGAAUCUAUCAUCGCAAAUGGGCUAGCGGGUAUGGGAAAAUGUUGAUAACAGCAGGGCUGAGCCAUUACAGCUGGAGAAUUAAGCAUAAUUGAAGUUUUAUAAUGCAUUUUCUUACAUUUGUAAUACUAAUUAAUUUAUUAACAGAUAUUGUAAUUAGUUAGUUUUUGGGUUAAGAAAUUAUUGUUAUCUAUCAAUAUUGGAAAUAUUAAAAUGCAUAGCUUAAUUUUAGUAAUUAAAUAAUUUUAAUCAUAAAGAAAUUAAUUUAAUGGCUUGCAAUCAAGCUGGAGUCAGUAAUGGAAUAUUGUAUACUU